GAUAUAUUUUUAUGCUCGCCAUCAUUUCUGGACUUGGAGGAUGGUGUUCCUGUUCGAUUACAUGCAAGUCUCCAUCUAACGAAAUUGUCGACUGGUUUAUUGUGUAUAAAGUACCAACAUUAUCAGGGAACUUCAACACUGAAGGCUCAGAAUACUUUUACAUGGAUUCCCUGCAAACAUCACCAAAUUUUUCUGAUUGCAAUCGGGACAUCCAAAGUACAAAAACAAAUCCUGUUUAUAAAACACUUCUUCCUUUAUAUAGCAAGUCGAAGACACUGCAAAAUUACGGAAUGUACAACGAUCAACCUCCAAAUAAAGAUGUAGGACAAAGCUAUGGACAUUCAAAGGGGACUUAUGCAUUUGGCAAGGACUCUGGAUUUUGGAUUAUAUCAAGUGUACCACGGUUUCCAGCUGCUGUUCCGGAAAGUAUAAUGGAAAGUGUCAGUGAUUCCUAUAUAUAUAAAGAUAGCCAAACAGUGAAGGGACAGAUAAUUUUCUGUGUCACAUUGGGACCUAAGUAUAUGGAAACAUUGGGUACAGCAUUUGCUACAACAAAUCCCUACAUUUAUUCACAAAACGGAGGAGUGCCUUUGAAGGGAGAGCUUACAACAUAUAGUAUGCCUAUCAAAACUAAAGGAAAUGAAGAGUUAAAAUUGUUAGCAAAGUCGUCUUCCUUUGGAAAAGAUUUAUAUUUGGAUUUGAUCAGGAAGGAACUUAAUGAUUCUUUAUACGUUCAAACAUGGCAACCCAGCUUGCCUUCUAAGGACUCGGUUACUAAUGUGCAAAAUGUCUGCUUUGAGAAUGGGCUGACUUACGGCACAUCCCUUGAUCAUUCGAAGUGGGCCGUGGCAAAAAAGGAGCCAUGGACAUGUAUUGGUGAUAUAAACAGAAGCGAAACUCAGUAUAAGAGAGGUGGAUUAGCAUUGUGUUUAUAUAAUGCAAAAGUUGCCAACGAAUUUAGAAAACUGGUUCUGGAGGAAAAUAGAUGCAAAGAAAAAAAACAAAGAAAAUCCAAAUCCAAGACUUGUCGAAAUUCUGUGUCUAAGAAUAUUAAAAAAAUUAAAAAAGCCAAGACAAACAGAAGAAAAAAUGAUAAAAAUAAAUAUUUGUACCGCAAACAGCUGCCGAUAUCAAUGGGAAAGAAAAUACAGAAGUAAAUUAUGCAUUUGCAGAGAAGGCAAUUAAUAAUCCUUUCUACCGGAUGUAAUACUAAUAAUGAAA